AUGACAAUCUGGGAGUAUGCUGGCAGGAAGUGGGGCCUGACCUCGUCUGCAGUCGCCCACGACUAGACCGGCAGGCCACCUACACAGAGUGCUGCUGUCUCUAUGGUGAAGCCUGGGAUGACUUCGAGGCCCUUUGCAACGUGCUGCGCCCACCUGCCUAUGGCCCGCCGCGCCCAGGUGGCUUUGGACUUCCCUAUGAAUAUGGCCCAGAUAUAGGCCCGCCUUACCAGAGUCUUCCUUAUGGGCCAGAUCUGUAUCCACCGCCUGUGUUACCCUACGACCCCUACCCACCCCCACCUGGACCCUUUGCUCGCCGGGAGGCACCUUAUGGAGCCCCGCCCUUCGAAAUGCCGGACUUUGAGGAUGAUGGUGGCCCCUAUAGCGAGUCUGAGGCCCCUGACCCACCCAGCCGAGGCACUGGUUGGCCUUAUAGGUCCAGAGACACCCGUGGCUCCUUCCCAGAGCCUGAGGAAUCCUCUGAGCGUGGAAGCUAUACAGGAGCCUUGUCUGAGUCCUAUGAGGGCCUAGAGGCCGAGGAGUGUGGUAUCUUGGACGGCUGCGCCCAUGGCCGCUGUGUGCGCGUUCCGGAAGGCUUCACCUGUGAUUGUUUCGAUGGUUACCGCCUGGACAUCACCCGCAUGUCCUGCGUCGACGUCAACGAGUGUGACGAGGCUGAGGCAACCUCCCCACUCUGCGUCAAUGCGCGCUGUGUCAACACUGAUGGUUCUUUCCGCUGUGUCUGCCGUCCAGGAUUUGCACCCACGCACCAGCCACAUCACUGUGCGCCUGCUCGACCCCGGGCCUGAGCAGCUGCGCCUUAUCUCCCACUAUACCUGAGCACCGGGAGCUUCCGGAGCACCGGGAGCUUCCGGA